AUGCCCGAUCCAACGGGAAAUGACGCGGUUGGGAGAAUGACCGAGAAUGUUACUGGGGAGAUAAAAAACCCCCUCGCCGGCAUCCCCCAUGAUCAGCUCAUGGCAAAUGUGACGGCUUAUGCCACUGAAUAUGACCUUGAGCCUAUCUUGCCACUCUUGAAGAAAGGGGCUCUGGUAGCUCAGUCUCCAGCGGUGAUUGAAGGAAUCUUGGAACUAAAUGAUGAUGACCGCCGUGUCCUUUACGAGGAGCACACUCGGCGCUGGAAGCAGCCAUUUGCGCUGUACUACACCAUCAUCCUGAACUCGGUUUCAGCAGCCAUUCAAGGCUGGGAUCAGACUGGCUCGAACGGUGCUAACCUGACCUUCGAUGUCCAAUUUGGUAUCCCAAAUAACUCUCCUCAAUGCCCUGACCCGGAGACUUGCAAGCGGAACCAGUGGAUUGUCGGUUUUAUCAAUGCGACUCCAUACAUUACGAUCUGUCUAUUUGUUGCUUGGCUAUCUGAUCCCCUGAACCAUAUUCUCGGCCGUCGUGGCACAAUCUUCCUGGCCGCAAUCUUCAGUCUCCUAGCCCCCCUGGGCUCCGGUUUUACUCAGCAUUGGGGUCAGCUCGUUGCUUGUCGUGUUCUUCUCGGACUUGGCAUGGGUCUCAAGGAAGUCACUGUUCCUGUCUACUCAGCCGAAAACGCACCCACAAACAUUCGUGGCGGCCUGGUUAUGUCAUGGCAGCUUUGGACGGCCUUCGGUAUCUUCCUCGGAACGUGCGCGAACCUUGCUGUGGCCAACACUGGUGAUAUUGCUUGGCGACUACAGCUAGGAUCUGCAUUUAUUCCAGCUGUGCCAUUGCUUCUUGGAAUCUGGUUUUGUCCCGAGUCUCCACGAUGGCUUAUGACCAAGAAAAACCAUAAGAAAGCCUUUGCGUCUCUUCUCAAACUGCGGAAUAGCCCUUUGCAGGCCGCUAGAGAUUUGUAUCGGAUCCAUGCCCAGCUGGAGGUGGAGAGGCAGUUGAUUGUCGAAUCGGGUUUCUCCAAGAGUGAUAACAUGUUCGUUCGCUUUGUGGAAUUGUUUAGCGUGCCCCGUCUGCGUCGUGCUGUCCAAGCCUCUGGAAUUGUGAUGAUCGCCCAGCAGAUGUGUGGAAUCAAUAUCAUCUCGUUCUACUCCUCCACUAUCUUCCAACUGGCCGGCGCGGAUAACAUUGAAGCACUUCUUGCAUCAUUCGGGUUCGGCCUGAUCAAUUUCGUGUUUGCCUGGCCAGCCGUGUGGACAAUCGAUACAUUUGGCAGACGAGGUCUGCUACUUUUCACCUUCCCACAGAUGUGCUGGACACUUCUUGCAGCUGGGUUCUGUUUCUGGAUUCCAGCAAGUAGUAAUGCGCACAUUGGAAUGAUUGCAUUCUUCGUUUACCUCUUUGACGCCUUUUAUUCUCCUGGGGAGGGACCUGUUCCGUUCACCUACUCUGCCGAGGUGUUUCCGCUGUCUCACCGCGAAGUUGGAAUGGCCUGGGCGGUUGCGACCAAUAACUUCUGGGCUGCUGUUCUCUCGCUGACCUUCCCAUGGAUGUUGCGAGCAUUUACUCCACAGGGUGCCUUUGGAUUCUAUGCUGGCUUGAAUCUGGUUGCAUUUGCUUUAAUAUUCUUCUUCAUGCCAGAAACCAUGCAGCGCUCGCUUGAGGAACUGGACUAUGUGUUUGGCGUCCCGACCCGAACUCACGCCAAAUACCAACUUACUCAGGUUCUCCCAUGGUGGAUUAAAAGGUAUGUCCUAAUGCGCAAGGAUGCGGUCUGCCCUGAGCUCUACCAGGGCGCCCAGGAUUACGCGACAGCUCCCGUGGUGACCGAGAAGCAUGCCCAGCUCGAUGAGAAUGAGCGUCACGCCGAACAUGUUUAA